AUGACUAGGCUUGUAGAAUCUCAAAAUGCUGAGAUAGCCCUACUUCGGAAACAGCUCGCUGAUGCUCAGGAAGUAAUUGAGACUCGAAAGAAGAGAACUAAAGGCAAAAGAGUCAAAUUACAAGGUCAAUUUGUCUUUAGUAGUGAGGAAGUACUGAAAAUGGUACGUGAGGCGGAGGAAAAACCGAAGGAGAAAAAGCUACGAGGGCGACCACGUAAACGUCCAAUUGAAGAAUUAGAAGAGGAGACUGAAGAAGAAGAGCCAGAGAGUAGUUCAAGUGAUUUAGAGUUGGAAUUGGAUGAAUGUGUAGCUCGUAGAACAAGAUCACAUAGAGAGAAUUGA